AUGAUUCAUAACGCGCUCCGUACACAUUCCUUGGCGGUUUUGUUGCUCCUUCUGUUCACGAACGCAGUGCGAGUGGACUCUGUACUAGCAGCGAGGCCAGCGGAAAGGCGUUGGUAUACGAGCGGUGGAAACAGUGUUUAUGUGUGCCCCUCGUCUUCUUCGCUGCAUAACUGCACCCUGCAGAACGUAUGCACGAAAGUGAUUGUCAACGGAAGCUGUUCUCUCACAGGCACGGCAUGUACGCUACGCUCCUCUGCUGAGAUUGGCAGUGGUCACGGCAGCCAGACGCUCGGCCGUGAAGCUACCAAAGAAAAUCAGGGUUUGGCGGGAUUCGACUCGAAAGAUUUCAAGGUGCUGCGUUGGAGGCAAAAUCAAUAUAGCGGAUGUGGUGACUGCUUGUCUUUCGGCGAGCAAACCUGUGUAGAGUAUCGCACGGCAAAUGUGUGCACAGCAUGCAGGACGAAUUACGAGCUUGUGGAAGUUUGCGAUACUGUGGUUCAACGGACAUUGGAUGGUUCCGAUCCGGUAUCAAAGCGCUGGGGGCAGUCGUAUCAACAGCAAAAUGGAAACUGUCAGUAUGAAUGUCUGUUCAGCGGAAAGCAAUGCAGGAACGUAAUCAUCGGCACUUUCCUUCCGACUCCGACUGUGCAGCCUACACUGCUACCAUCUGCCUCUCCGUCAGCAACAGUGUCAAGAAGCGUUUCGCCAUCGGCGACUGUGAGCGCGACUAUCUCCAUAAGCACUUCUGUCUCACCGAGCACAAGCCCAUCGAUUUCGGUAGCUUCGCCGUCGGUGUCCGUGAGCGCGACGGCCUCCGUAAGCUCCUCCGUCUCACCGAGCACAAGCCCAUCGAUUUCGGUAGCGUCGCCGUCGGUGUCCGUGAGCGCGACGACCUCUAUAAGCUCCUCUGUCUCACCGAGCACAAGUUCAUCGAUUUCGGUAGCUUCGCCGUCGGUGUCCGUGAGCGCGACGACCUCUAUAAGCUCCUCCGUCUCACCGAGCACAAGCCCAUCGAUUUCGGUAGCCUCGCCGUCGGCGCCCUUGAGCGCGGUGAGCUCCAUCGUCACUCUCAUAUAG